AUGUUGUUGUGGUGGUGGUGGUGGUGGUGCAAAUUACAUGUCAUAUUUUUGAUUGGUGUUGUUAAUUUAUGUGAGAGUUCGGGAAAAGUUCGUUUGGCCGAUAUCACUACGCUAACAUUAUAUCGAGAUAAAUAUACUACAGGACGAAGGUCUGCUCCAAUCCCACAAAUCCAGUGUGUUGGAGGAUCAGCGAAGGGAAAGUUUGAACCAAGAGUUGUGCAAUGCUACAAUAAAGGUUAUGAUGGCAUCGACGUUCAGUGGGAAUGCAAAGCAGAAAUGAGCGAUCAGUAUGAAUUUGGAGAAAUUCGAAUAUCUUGUGAAGGAUAUGAUUACGCAGAUGAUCCAUAUAUUUUGCGAGGUUCUUGUGGUUUGAAAUACAAGCUGGAAUACAGUCACGAAGGGGGGAGCAAUUAUGGUAAGAGUAAAAAAGAACCAAGUGCGCCAUCGUAUGAGAAAGAUUAUGAAUUUGGCUCGUUGACAUUUCCAACCAUAGUCAUUUUGCUUUUAUUCUUUCUCGUAGUCUACUAUAGUUGUUUGCAACCUACUACUGGUGAUGAAAGAACACGUCGCAGUGGUUGGGGUUGGGAUCAAGGACCACCACCUCCACCAAGCAAUGGGAGACCACCACCACCCGGUUUCAAAACCUUUACACGUCCAACUGGUGCACCUCCUACAUACGAAGAGUCUUUUUAUAAUGCACCCGGUGCACAAUCGCAGUUCAAUGGACCCGGCUUCUUUUCUGGUCUUGGAUUAGGCGGCUUAGCUGGUUACUUAUAUGGCAGGAGUCAAAACAGUGAAGACAGUUUCUUUCGAGGUAGGAGAUCGUAUGAACAAGAUGGUUCCUGGAAUCCUUUGCAUAACAGAUAUAGGGAAGAUUCACCAAGACCUUCAACAAGUCGAACAACAUCAGGUUUUGGUGGUACGGAAAGAAGGUAG